GAGUGGAACGGAGCGAGAGUGGGAAGAAAAAAGGUCUUGACAGGAAAGAGAUCAUGGUUAGACGCAACCUGGGUCAGUCCACUCGCUCCAUCUAUCUGGGACUGGCUUGUCUGUCCCUCAGUCUCCAUGUCCUACUGGCAUUUUUUUGCCUUUCAGUCCUCCAGACUGCCUGUGUUUUUCCCACUUCUUCCUCUUCCUCCUCCAUUCCCAGAACAGAUACUCACCAUCACGAGUCUGUCUCCCAGUCUCCUGCUUCUGAUGCUGCCUCCUCAAACAAACUGCAGAGGCGCCCCCACGAUGAAGUGCGUCACAAACCGACUGCAAACAUGUUACACCAUAAAGUCCGAGGCUCAUUAAAUGAGGUCGCUGAGAAGUCAAAGAAACUGAUUGGAGUUGGAAAAAUAAUUCAGAAAGUCGAUGGUCCUUCUAAGCUUGAGGCACUGUUCAAGCAUCCGCUUUACAAUCUGCCACAGCCAGAGCUGCAGCAAGAUGAUUGGCUAAUGAGGCUGAAAACAGAAGAAGAUGCAAAGGAUACGGAAAGUCAGGAAGAAGAGAACGAAGACAUCUUCCCUGAUGAUAGUGAGUGGCAAAGCAACAGUCACGAGGAAGGCUAUGACAAAGUCACAUGGACAACUGAUGUGGAGACCCACCCUCCCUGGCUGCGGUUCCACCUGGGCAUCUCUCGCCGGGAGCUGUACAACAGGAAAGACCCCAACCUAGCUCAGCUGACUCACUAUUUGGCAACACAGCGUAUCCUUGGCGCAGUUCAAAAGAAAGGAGGCACCCAACUGAAACUGCUCAUAUCGUUCCCAAAUUAUGGACAAGCUCUGCUCAAACCCAUGAAGCAAUCCAGACAUGCAGAGACUGAUGUAAACCUCUUUUACUUCUCCGACUUCGAAAGACACAACGGCGAGAUCGCUGCCUUUCACCUUGACAGAUUGCUGGGCUUUAACAGAAUCCCUCCAGUGGUUGGACGGCUCAUCAAUGUUACCACAGAGAUCAAAGAGAUUACCACCGACCGCAGGCUGUCUAAGACCUUCUUCACUUCCCCUGCUGGGAACGUGUGUUUCUAUGGGCAGUGUGAAUACUACUGCUCAGUGGAGCACCCGGUGUGCGGUCAGCCACAUAUGCUGGAGGUUUCCCUGGCUACCAUGCUGCCUGACCUCACCAUUGCCCCUCGCAGGUCCUGGAGGUCCCCAUGGAGGCGGUCUUACAGCCGCACCAAGCUUGCACAGUGGGAAAAAGACCCAGCUUACUGUGAUACAGUGAAGCAGACAUCUCCUUACAAUCAAGGAACUAGACUGGUGGAUCUCAUAGAUAUGGCUGUCCUGGACUUCCUCAUGAGCAACAUGGACCGACAUCACUAUGAGACGUUUGAGCAAUUUGGCAACAACACUUUUCUUCUGCACCUUGAUAACGGACGGGCGUUUGGGCGUCACUCUCAAGAUGAGCCGUCCAUUCUAGCUCCAUUGCAGCAGUGUUGCAGGAUCCGUCGCUCCACCUUCCUCCGCUUGCGUCUGCUGUCUCUUCCUGAUUUCCGACUGAGCGACAUCAUGCGGGAAUCGCUGACUCAGGAUCCUUUGUCACGAGUGGCCCCUCUCCUCUCAGAACCACAUCUGUCCGCGUUGGACCGGCGCCUUGCAAAAGUUCUGCAAGUAAUGCAGGCGUGUCAGGAAAAGCACGAUGAUGUCAUUUACAAUGACAUAGAGGGACACGAUCAAGGACCACGAUCAGCUGUUACAGCCUGACUGAAUAUAGAAAAACAUUCAAUUAUACCUGAUAUAUAGAUUAUUGUCCCACUGUUACCUUACCAAUACUCUUUUUCAUAUUUUUGACAAACUACAACAAAACAUCAAACCAACAAACAUAUGCAAAAAUACAA